CUGUUAGAAAAUACAUUUACUAACUUACAAAAAUUCUAAGCAAGAAAACAUUUAAAAAAGAAUGAAAUUACAAUCAAGAAAACAUUAAAUUUAUUAAAAAGUAAAAGUCAUCGAAGGAAAAACCAUGAGCCAUUUGGGCAUCACGGAUGUGCAGCAGUCCCAGGAUGCCACUCCAGAUUUGGAAUCCUUUACUGGCUUUGGGAAUUCCGCGGCAGAGGCUUUUAUUCAGAGUCUCGCAGGAAUGGUGAAUCAGGGCGAUGUGGAGACAAUGAUAAGGGCACAGAAGCAAAUGCUCCAACGCUUCGAGAAAACCAAUGAGAUGCUAUUAAACUGUAAUGCCCUGUCCCAGAGUCGCUUGAAAAGUGCCAGCGAGGAUUUUAAAAGGCAUGUGAAAUGUCUGAACGAUAUGAAAAAGGAUCUGGACUAUAUAUUCCGCAAGAUACGGGUCAUUAAACAGAAGCUGCAGUUGCAGUAUCCCGCCAUUUACGCCGAAGUCCAGCCUCAGAGGAGCAGUUUGGCGGAGGAAGCCGAGGAUGACACGGAGGCACAGGCCAAAAAGGCCACUGAAGCACCUGUUCCUGCGGCAGGAAAACCUGUAAUAUCCACUGCAGCUGCCAAGAAAAGUGCUGCCACCAUAGAGUACGUGCAAAUGGAGGAGGCUGUGGACAACGGCACUGUAGAGAUCGAAAACGAACUGAUAAAACGCGUUUGCUCGGUGGAAACGGCCAAUCCCAAUGACUCCUCCGACUGCACAUCCGAGGAUACAGGUUGAACAGCUCCAUCUCACUUAGUUAGCUUAAGUUUUCAUGGCUUAAAUUAUAAUCUAGUACUCCGAAAACACCUUCGAGAACAAAGCUCUAAUCUGUUUAGUUAGCAUUACUUUUCUGGUUAUAUGUAUUAACUUAAGAAGUAAAUGUCUUAAAAUAUAA